GUCUCUCUCUCUCUUUAUCUCUCUCCAUCGCGGCCGUGCAGAGGAAGCGACGAUGGAUGAGGGCGCCGGCGUUCCGAUCCGGGAAGUGAACACCGGAACGGAGAACAGCAACCCGUACGCCGGCAUGUCCCAGAAGGAAUGCACCGAUCGCAUCCGGAAGGCCCUUUCCCAUCCGACGGUGAAGUUUCUGAGGCAACACAUGGAGAAGGCUGGGUGUCCUGUUUGGGUGAGGUUGCUCAUGGCUGUCAAUUGCAAAGAGCACAACUUUGCCGGCGGGUACUCCAGUCAGAAUGGGGUGUCUGUCUGCUGUAACAGGAUGACUUUUCAAGAUGAGAUAAAUCAAGUUAUAAUUCAUGAGUUGAUCCAUGCUUAUGAUGAUUGUCGAGUAAAAAACAUGGACUGGAAGAAUUGUGCUCAUCAUGCUUGCUCAGAGAUUCGAGCUAACCAUCUCAGUGGCGAUUGCCAUUAUAAACGAGAACUGCUGCGAGGAUUCAUGAAAAUUCGUGGUCAUGAGCAAGAAUGUGUAAAAAGACGAGCUAUAAAGUCGGUCGCAGUUAAUCCAAACUGCUCCGAAGCCGCUGCAAAGGAUGCUGUGGAGGCUGUAUGGGAUAUAUGCUACAAUGAUACCUAUCCUUUUGACCGGGCUCCGUAAAUUCCAUUUCGAAUUCACAUCUGAUGUUGGCCAUAGUUAAUGCUACUUUGUUUACUUUUGAGCUCAAUGAAAGGUAUUCAUCAACUGAA